GUUUGGUGAAGUAACGUUUGGUCAGGAGAGCAUUUUGACGAAAUUAUUGCUGAAUCUAACUGAAAAUGGCAGAUGAAGUUAAGCCAGAAGUUGUUGAAGCUUCACCUAAGCCUGAAGUUGUGGAAUCUUCAACUAAGCCUGAAGUUGUGGAAUCUUCAACUACAACUACAACCAGUACUACGAAAGUGACCAGAAGGAUCAGGCGUACAUCGCGUUCCCGAUCACCAUCACCAAGUCGCGGACGUAGCAGUAGAAGUCGUUCCCCGAGCAGGCGCAAAGCCCUCAACCGGUCACCAUCCCCCCACAGAUACAACACCCGAAUUAACAGUCAGGUUUCGGCAGAAGAACAAACUGAGACCACGCCCACUUCAGGAUGUUCUCUGACAAGCUCUCUGAGCUGUGUCUCCUCCGCAGUAUCCCACAUAAUCAGAAAAUAUAAAUCUAUUACUGUUGACCUGAUAAAGUGCUCACUCUACAUAACCCUGGCUUACAUUGCGCUUACCAUGUGCUCGUUUGGAAAAUGCGAUAUUCGGUACCCAACUGUACCGAGUCUGAGCGUAAUUUACAACGAGAAAAUAUUUCUGGAAUGUCUGGCAGGUUUCGUAGUCUGUGUCCUUGCUUUCUCCGUCACUCUGGGCCAGGGAACUCCAUAA